CCCCCCCUCCCUCCCUCAGCGGCCGUGGCGGUGGAGGCGGGCGGGGGGAACAGCGCGAAGCCGUCGCCGCUUUUCCGUCCCCCUCGUUUCUCGCCUCGGUCCAGGCAGCGCGUGGAGGGGAAGGACCGAGGUUCAGUGCCUGCCCCUCGCUUUCCCCUCUCGGCUGUCCGCACACGGGGUGGGGGGACCGGGCACCACAAGCUGCUCCCACCUUCCUUCCAUCCUUCCUCCCCUGCACAUCUCAGCCUCUUCAUCUAUCCAUCCAUCCAUCCCCAGGGAUGAGCAGCACCGUGGCCAGCCCCAUGUCGGCAGUUGCCUCUUCAAGCAGUGGAAGAAGAUCAACGAGCUUUGCACUUGAAUUGCAGAGUAUGAUGUUUUCCCUGGGAGAUGCUCGCAGGCCACUCCAUGAAACUGCAAUUCUGGUGGAAGACAUUGUUCACACUCAGCUGAUAAAUUUGUUGCAGCAAGCAGCUGAAGUUUCUCAGAUGAGAGGAGCUCGAGUCAUCUCUGCUGAAGAUCUCCUGUUCUUAAUGCGCAAAGAUAAGAAGAAGCUUCGAAGGCUACUCAAAUACAUGUUUUUUCGAGACUACAAAUCUAAAAUUGUCAAAGGAAUAGAAGAAGAUGACAUCCUCGAAGACAAAUUCAACAGCAAUAACACCAACAAGCGGCAGAAGCUGGCCCAGGACUUCCUCAACUCCAUUGACCAGACUGGAGAGCUCUUGGCCAUGUUUGAGGAUGAUGAGAUUGAUGAUGUCAAGCAGGAGCGCAUGGAGAGAGCAGAAAGACAAACACGAGCCAUGGACUCAGUCCAGUACGCAGAAUUCUGUGAAAGUCGGCAAUUGAGUUUUUCAAAGAAAGCAUCCAAGUUCCGUGACUGGCUGGACUGUAGCAGUAUGGAAAUAAAGCCAAAUGCAGUUGCAAUGGAGAUUUUAGCAUAUUUAGCAUAUGAGACUGUGGCCCAGCUGGUGGACUUGGCCCUUUUGGUUAAACAGGACAUGAUUCCCAAAGCUGGUGACCCAUUCAGUCAUGCCAUAUCUGCCACCUUCAUACAGUACCACAACUCUACUGAGCCCCACCUCUUAGGGCAGUCUGCGAGUGUGAAGACCAGUCUUGACUCCCCUGAGAACACACCACCCCCUACACCCACCCCACCAGCAUCAGCAGGGCAGCAACACCUUGGGAAAACCCCCUCAGGAGCCUUGGGGAACGGUGGAAUUGGACAGGACUCCACCAAAUCCAAACAAAGGAAAAGAAAAAAGAGCACUGCAGCCUGUGGGAUGGAGGCUCAAAGUGAUGCCAUCCAGCCCAGCCACAUCAGAGAGGCCAUUCGGCGCUACGGCCACAAGAUUGGCCCCCUUUCCCCAUUCACAAGUGCCUACCGCAGGAACGGGAUGACUUUUCUGGCCUGCUGAUGUGGAUGUGGAUGCAGCAACAGGAAAGACAGUGUUGUAUUAAGGUGAUUUUCUUUUCCCCUCCAUGGAAGGAAAAAAAUACAAGCUCCAAUGUCUCCAUGUACCAGUGAGUGGGCUGGUUUGUUGUGACUAUCUGCUGGCUGUCUCUGUCUCUUUUUCCAGCCCCCUCAAUCGUUAUUCUUGUUUACUAGCUGGAACAUUUAGCUAAUUAAUGGCAGGAUGUUUGGGAUAGGGUGUAGGUGGACAAGAAUGCAGCUCAGACAAUGCUGGAGUUUGCAGGGGACUUUCUGACUGCCAUGUCAUUUUUAUUUAAGUGUCUGGAAGUCUGUAUGUUCUCCAAAAAAUGUUUUUUAUAAAGCAGCAUAGGGCAGGAAGAGGCCAGAGAUAGACUGGAUUGUGUUGGUCUAUUAGGUUGUAUAAAGGUUAUGUAGUUUUCUUUGCAAUUUUUACAAAAAGAAAAAAAUUUUCCCUCUAUUUUCUACUAAUUCACACUUGUUUAUCUCAAAUAACAUAAGUGUUCACAGAGUACAAGCCAAUUUAAUCCAGUGAGGUGAUUUUGAUGACAGGCAUACCAAGUUUGGAUGCAAAUAUACUCAGGAAAAGUUCAGAUCAACUAAACUUCACCAGUGAGCGACUUGGUUUUUAGCAGGCCCAAAGAUGACCUAAGUCACACCCAAAUUUUCAAUAUUGACAUCUCCUAAGGUUUGAGCCAUCAUUGUGCAAUAUCAAAGAAAGCCUUUGCAGUGACUUGGCACUGGAUUGGGCCCAUAUUUGGAAAAAUACAUUCUAAAGUGUUUCAAUAACUGUGUCUGUCUCGGUGGUUGUAGGCAAAGGCUUAAUGUUGUGUACUUGCUCAGCGUUUGCUGCAGGAAGCAGAUGUUGUCCCUGUUGUGGACAAAGGCAGCGUUACUGUUGGAUUUGGUUAAAGAAGAAACCAGAUCUUUUUGCCUUUUUUUUUAAUAUAUUUUAGCUAACGUUGUUUGUUUUCAAGAUUUUUUUUUUUUUUUGUAAAUCUCAGUCCCUGCCUCUAUGCUUAUUCCCAUCCCUUUGCUACUCCAGCCUUUGCUGGCCUCACAAACACAUUCAUUUCUUCCCAUGAAAACUGUACAAAUAUAAGAGCUAACCACGAUGAUGCUUGAGCAGAGAAAAGGGCUCCUGCUUCAGCCUGUCACCAGGAUCUGCUGGCACAUCCUGCUGGUGUCCCUGUGGUACCCACAGCUCAGGGGUCCUCUUCAGCUGCCCAGAGCUCAGGCUUGGCAUCCAAAUUAUGCCUCAAGUUAAUACCGAACACUCAAGGGAUCAAGAGAACAGCAAAAUAUUUUAUAUAGUGCAGCCAUCCUCCUCCUUUGGUCUUAGUAUGUGAGGUCUUAAUUUUCACUCCUGCUCUGUGCUCUUAUGGUGAUUUGUAGGGGGUUUUGAUGUCCUGCUCUCCUGGACCUGCUUGCAAAAACUUUAAAUAUAUGUAUAUUUUUUAAAUAAUUGGAAAAAAUGUCUCUUUGCCACCAAAAUAUUGUAAAAGUGAACGUCGUAUGUCCAAUAUUGCUGCCGUUCAUAAAUGGCUUUUUUCUUCUAUCUGCUUACGCUUUUGUUUUCUGGAAAUUUUCUGUGUGUAUAGGACUAAAAGCAAUGUGUAAAAUGUAUUAAAUGAGGGAAAGGGGAAGUUUUCUGAUGUUCCAUUUGUGCUUUUUGAAAUAUAUGAUUAAACUUUUCUUUUUAUCAUCA